AUGCCGCGAGGGCGAGGGCGAGGGCGAGGGCGCGGGCGAGGGCGCGGGCGGCCGCCGGCCGAUCCCGCCUGGGAGCCACCCGCGGAGGAUCGGGAGGAGCUGAUGGCACAUGCGGAUGACCAGCGUGCGAAGCGGCGCGCCUCUGCGGGCGCAUCUGGGGGCGACAAGGCGGCCACCCGCUCUCGCGUCCCGACCGUCGUGGUCGACGACGCCUACCUGGCCGAGGGCCGCAAGUGGGUCCAGGACCAGCGCCGACAGAUGUUGCAGAAGGCGCUCUCGGCCUAUGAGCUGCUUGACAUCAUCUCCGUCCACCUCCACCUUCGCCACAAUGCCUGGAAAGCGGGGCAGGCGGCGAGCGGUGGGCGGGCGGCCAAGCACGUGUGGGCCGAGGAGGUAGCUGCCGUGCUGGGCCGCAACGCCAAUGCCUGCGGUGCCGCAUGGAAGGAAUUUGUGCUGCAUCGACGGCUACCGCAGCACACGCCCAGUGGGGCCGCACGCGGCUACAAGCCCCGGCGCAUCCGCCGCACCAAGAAGCUGCGCGUGGAUAUCCGCAACUUUCUUUUGGACAAGGAGCAAAAAGGCGAGCGCGUGGACGCGGGCGGCAAGGAGAAGCUCGCGGUGCGCCGUUACGUGCAGAUUCUCAUUCGCGAGCUCGGGCUCCGCCGCGAGCGUCGCACCGGAACUCUGCUGUACCGUGAGAGGGAGCAGAGCAUGAUGCGCCGCGAUGCCUACGUGGGGACCGCACUGGCCUUGCGCUACAGGAAGCGGUUUGUCUUUAUGGACGAGAGCUACAUCCAUCACCCUUACAAGCUCCAUCACGACACGAUGCAUGAGUCGCUCGGUGACGGUCCCAGCAGGCGCGCCGCACAGAAAGGGCAGCGGUGUUGUUUUAUCGCCGCCAUCAUUGGUGAGGACCCCAGGGUUCCCGGUCCCCUACGCCAGCCUGUUCAUGAGGCACAACUUCUUGACGACACGUUGGAUAUCUUUGUGGGGGGCAAGCAGCCGCAAGACUAUCAUGGCAUGUUCAACCGCGAAUACUUUGAAGCGUGGAUGGCCAAGCUCUUGGAGGCGCUGCGGCGGCGAGGGAUCGAGGACACGGUGAUUGUCAUGGACAGCGCCUCUUACCAUCGGUCCCUGCCACGGGGGGCCCCGCGCAAGGACAUGCCGAAAGCCGAGCUCAUCGCUGCGUGCCAGGCCUACAACAUUGAGAUUGACCCCACAGCGACCAAGGAGAGCAUCUGGUUGGCUGCGCAUCCGCAACUCGCUACAAAGGUGCAGCCGGUGAUCGUGGCCAUGGCAGCGGCAAUGGGGCACACGAUUCUAUUCUCCCCGCCGCACUACUCAGAUCUGCAGCCCAUCGAAUUGGUUUGGGCGCAGGUCAAAGGAAAGGUUGGCCGCGCAUACAGGGCUGAUCGUACAUUCAACGAGGUAAAAGCAGAGCUACUCGCCGCAUUCAAGGAGCUGACGCAUGGCGACGUGGCCGGUUGCAUCGAUCACUCUUUUAAGGAGCUCGAGCGGUUGGCAACAUACAUUGCCCUGCCCCAGUCUAAUGCUUCCGAAGCGUCGGACGACUCGGACUCGGACUCAGAAUCCGACGAUGAUUUCACAGUCAACACUCCCUUGCCAAGUGGUGGUGCGGAUGUUGACGAUGAAUUCCUAGGGCGCCACAGAGACGACCACCAAUCCCCGGAUGGAGGGAUUAGCCCUGCCUCACACUCUCCUGUCGCAAUGCUUUCAGCCGAGCGAGGUUGUCCCCUCUCCCCAGGAUGGGCCCUAACAUAA